AUGCCAAGUCAUUCUUUUUGUACACUUAUAAUAGAGUAUAUAAAUCAUUUUUAUAAUGAUAUUGUACACAUUGUCUCAUCUACUGAUCUUAUUCUACUUUUUACUCGUCUUAAUUCAAUAUUUAAACAAUUAUUAUCAAGACGUUUACGUCAAUUAACAAUAACUAAUGAUAGUGGACCUCAGUAUACUUUUUUAACAAAUGAUCUUUUAUAUUAUAUUAAACAGAUUCAAACUUUGCCUGGACUUGAAAUCUUAGAGUUACAUAUCGAUGAAAUUUUGAUCACUAAUUAA